AUGGGCGCAGCAGCCAUGGUCCCAAUGAUGAACAACGAGAAGCACGACCAAAACGGGCACUCAUCACAUUUCGACGGUCAAUCACCACCUCCCACGUAUACCUCUCCUGUCCAAGAUCCUUACCACCAAAACUACCCAACCAAGGGCCAGCAGUCAUACGUCCAGUACGCCAGCCACGCGAGCGAACCCCAAGAGCUUCCGGCAGAGGUCUCCUCGACCAACCGAUACUCUGAACUUCCCGCCGGCGCAUCGGAUGUUGUAGAUACUCGGCGAUUCUCCGAACUUCCUGCCGAGGCGCGGCCUGGUCCUUCUGAGCUGGAGUCACCACAGACCUCACCUAUGCCGGUACAAGGCGCAUUCCCCAACGACAAGACGAAGCGCGCGAGCCGAGCUCAAGGGCUGGGCGUGAUGACCGAGUAA